AUGUAUUAUAUCGACUCGCAAAGAACGUUGACACGUCGCGAUAGUUCUUUAAUUUUGUCAGGUAAUUAUACAAGAAAUGACAAUAAUGAAUUUGAAUUUCUGAAUCCUCAUGUACAAUCAACGGGACGUCUUACUAGCGAAUCUGGCGUGUCUCUUGCACAACGUCCAAAAGGUUCUGUAAGGAAAGAAAUAAUUACGUCGCUCUUUGAAUCUAUGCUAGAUAAUAUUGUAGAGUCUUGGGAAGUCAUUGGACCACGUAAAAAUGAGGAAUUUGUUUCUGAGCUACCCAAAACUCCAAGUGAAAUUAUAUGUGUAGGCAAGAAAAAGAAAGCUGCCUUAGUAAAGAGAUCAAAAACAAAGAAGAGUCGAUCAAAAAUUGAAUUAGACGAGAGUACACAGAGCGACUUACUGCAACUGUGUUGGUGGUCAGCACCUGAUGAGAGAGCGUAUAUCCGUUUUCGCAAUGGAAAUGUUUUCGAAGGAAACAUUUCAAUGAAGUGUAUGCAUGGUGAAGGUCGUUAUCAGUGGUCUGAUGGAACAAUAUUCUUAGGUCAAUUUAAGAAUAAUAAAAUAGUUGGAAAAGGUAUUAUUCAGUGGAAGGAUGACUCAUGGUACGAAGGUGAUUUUGUUGGAAACCUUCGACAUGGCAAAGGUCUAUACGUGGACUCGCGAAACCAAUGCUCCUACUCAGGAGGUUGGCAUUACGGAACUAAACACGGCGAGGGAGUUAUUCACUACUCAGGGUUUCUUAAGAAUUCAUACGAUGGACAGUGGGUUCAUAAUGUACGCCACGGAUUUGGUUCCCGAGAAUAUUGUGAAAUGAGUGGUUAUAAAGGUGAGUGGGAUACGUCUAUUAGAGAAGGAAAAGGUUUAAUGAUAUGGCCAAACCAUGAUUUUUACAGAGGCGAAUGGAAAAAUGGAAUUAUGUCUGGAUAUGGUGUGUACAUUUGGGAUGCAUAUUACAACAAUUCGAUGUCUUCUCCAUCUCUUUGUGCAUAUCGUGGUUUAUGGGAAAAAGGUAAACGAAAUGGAUAUGGUGUAUUGAAUCUUGGAUUAGGACUAGGUUCUUUUUACAAAGGUGAAUUCAAGAACAAUAAGAAACAUGGUCCUGGAACAUUUGUUACUAACAAUGGACUUAUUCUGCAACAUAAGCACUUAUUUUUUGAUGACAAUAUUGGUCACCUAACUCCGAAAGUGCAAGAAAAUGAUUUUUCGGGUGUAUAUAACACACAAUUAGAGGAACCUUAUACUUUUGAUAUAUGUGAUAAUUCCGUUGGCCUUAUUUAUCAUAUUGAGCAAGGAAUUAAAAAUAUCGAUAAACAACAUGAAGUAAGAGCCGCUAUAAUUAACGAUUUUAUUGAAGCUAAUAAAACAACUCAAUCUAUAUCUAUUGCUCCUGAAGAAGAAAUACGAGCUGAAAUCAGUAACUUUGAUUUUGAUGAUUUGAUAGAAUUCGAAGUGGAGUCAUUGCGUAAGGCCCUUAGAUGUUAUGAAAGUGAUUUAAAAAAGAUAUACUAUCGAUAUGCAACAAUAUGUAACAGAGAGGAAAUACACUUUAAUCCCGUUCUUAUCAAAUUAUAUUUGUGGCAACUAUUUUAUGACUGUAAUAUACAUACCAAAGGAUUAACGUUAGCUGAGAUUGAUAAAAUAUUCCACGAAAAUCCGGACUGGAUUUCGAAAAGACCUCAAGAUCCUUUCGAGACAAUUUAUUUUUGGCAAUUUCAGCACUAUUUAAUAACGGUUGCUAGAAAAUUGUACGCAAAAAAACAUCUGCCUAUAAAAAAGCCAGACAGUAUGAUUGGUAAUGCGUUCAGAAUAUUUAUGGAAAAAGAUGUUUUACCUGGAGCUGGUCGUAGGAGAGGUAAGCUCGUAGAAGGAUAUGGAUUAUUUAUCCCAUUAAAAGGUCUAUAUGAUUUAUACUGUAAUUUGGGAGAGCCAUGUACGAUACGCAUGUUCUUAUGUGCUAUUCGACAAUCCCCUCAUUGCUCUUCCCAAACAUUGAUUGUUGAAGACUCAAGUCCUAUAAUGGGAUCAAAUGCAUAUAUUUUUGGUAAUGAAAUGGCUUUUAUUACAGACGACCUUAUUGAGAACAAUUCGCAAAAAUUAAAUAAUUGCUUUAGGCUAUUCAAUAUAAGCAAUUUAUCAAGUAAAACAGUUAUAAAAAUAUUUUCAUUCAUAUUUCCCCAAAUUUGUGUGAGAAAUAAAAUAAUGGAUCUGAAUGUAGAAAUAACUUUUUUCGAAUUUUUUGAAGCUUUUAUUAUAUGUGUUGAAGAAAGUAUCCGGCUCAUGAACGAAAACCAAGACACUAUGUCAAUGUGCACUAAUCCUGAAGCCUUGGCCAAAAUUAAAAUAUAA